ACGUCAUAAGCACUGCGCCCGCGCUCUUUUCUAUGUCAGCUAGAUAAAGGUCUGCGCUUUUCAGCAUUGUAGGUGUAUAAAACGAGACAAAACCUUGACGUUUCUUUACGGAUUGUGCUCCAAAAACAUAAUAACACUACUAAGUUACACUGACUGUGUUCUUUGGGCUUGAUCUUCCCUCUCAUCUCGAUCGUAAUCGAUGACUCGUUUCCAAACAAACAGCAGAAUCAGCCGGACUCUGUGAGGAUGGAGCUCAUUAAAGCGGAGAGCGUGGAUCUGACUGAUCUGCAGCCGGUCAGAGUCAAAGAAGAAACCCAGGAACACACAGAGCUAACAGAAGAGAAAAGUCACGGUCAGAAGGACGAGGAGGAGGAUCCUCACAGUUUGGCAGUUCCACAGACGGAGAAGAGAGCCAAGAAGUCCUUCUCCUGCCCGCUCUGUGGAGAGAGCUACAAGCGUGCAGCAGACCUGAAGGAUCACAUGGGGAUUCACAGCGAGCGGCCGUACUCGUGUCUGCAGUGCGGCAAGAGCUACACGCAGAAGAUCAACCUCCAGAAUCACCUGCUGAUUCACAACGGAGAGAAGCCCUUCACCUGCUCGCAGUGCGACCGGAGCUUCACGCGCAAGGGAGACCUGGAGAAGCACAUCAGCGUUCACUUCGGAGAGCGGCCCUUCACCUGCCAGCAGUGCGGGAACAACUUCAGGCACCAGGGGAACCUCACCAGUCACAUGAAGAUUCACACCGGAGAGAAAUCCCAGCGCAAUUACAGCGACAAGAAACUCACGCAGGUGUGCAACUACAGAAAGCCGGUGCUGUAUCACGCCGGAGACAUGCCCUUCAGAUGUGAGCCGUGCGGCCAGAGAUUCAUUCUGUCCUCGCACCUGAAGAGACACCAGAAGUGGCACUCGCAUUAGAGAGCACAGAGCUUUGUAUGCCUCCGCGAAAGAAAUAUAGGCCCGGUUUCACAGACGGGGUU